UGUUCACGUAUAAAGCAGAAGCUUGGCAUCGCAUCUUGGCAUUUGCUCAACUGCAGUCUGCACAUUUCACUCGUAGCUAACAGAAUAAUUUCCUCGCAUCUCUUCCCAAGACCAUGCGAGCAGUAGUCUGCGCGACCACGGGAGGGGUCGAUGUCCUGCAGCUUCAGGACAUCCCCGUCCCCUCCCCUCAGUAAGGCCAGGUUCUCGUCAAGAUCUUGGGCUUUGGCAUCAACCGGGCUGUUCUGUGAAACCGUUGAGGUGACCAAGGCUUGACUGCCAAUUCUGAUACCAUCACAGAAAUGUUUACACGCCAGGGGAACUCACUGGGCGUCGUCGAGUUCCCCCGCAUUCUCGGCAUCGAAUGCAUCGGCGCAAUCGCUGGCUACCCCUCAUCCACCAAGACCAUAACACAUCCAGUUGGCACUCGAGUGGCAACUUGCAUGGGCGGCCUGGGUCGUAUGAUCCCGGGCUCUUAUGCUGAGUACACCUGCGUCGCCGAGACCAAUAUGCGACCUAUCCCGGACACCUCCCUUCCUAUCGGAACCUUCGCAGCACUGCCACAGAUGCUUCAGGCAACCUGGGGCUCUCUCGUGACCGGACUUGACCUCAAGGCCGGCGAGAGCAUCCUGAUCCGCGGUAGUACCAGCUCCAUCGGCCUGUGCGCUCUCCAGCUCGCCCACAAGAUCGGAGCAAGCCGUAUUGCCGGCACGACUCGAAGCGCCGCGCGCGUGCAGAUGCUCUAUGACAACGGCGCGGACGAAGUUUUCGUCGACGGCGGCGAGAUCGCCAGUCAAGUCACUCAGAGUCCCAAGGGCGCCUCUAACAAGGUGCUCGAGCUGACAGGCCCUACGACGCUCAAGGACUCGCUUAGGUGCACAAUCCAGAAGGGGACGGUCUGCAUGACGGGUGUACAAGGCGGCUCUUGGAAAUUCGACCAGUUUAUGCCCUUUGGGGAUUUGCCCAACCGUGUCCGGCUGUGUAUAUACGGUGGCGGGCCGGAAGACUUCAUGUUGAUGCCUUGGGAAGAACUGGUCAAGGACGUCGAGGCUGGUAGGGUGAAGAUUCCCGUGAGGACGUUCAAGCUGGAAGAUAUCCAAGAAAUUCAUGAUAUUCUCGAAAAGGGGGGAGGUUGUGCCAAGAUGGCUGUUGUUGUAGCCGAAGAAUGAUACCAAACAAUGACAACCAACAUUGGUUAACGUAGGCUGGGGGAUAUAUACGUCCGCCUUACCAUGGCAUUGCCUUCCAAGCUCGUUUGAUCGCAAUGGUUACAUACAUGACCAACGUAGACGAGUCUAGCUACGAGCGUAGGGUCUAGGAGCACGAAUGCCAUACCUAAUCAAAUCUAGCAGCUACAGGGUUGGUGAGUAGAAACCGAGAAGUUUCGCAGCAGCUUUUGGAAUGGCACAGACAUCGAUAUUGGUCGUCAGGGAUUUGAUCCACCAAUGAUAGUCCAGCAACGAGAUGAUGUUGAGAGGGAGGACUGCCACGCAGACUGAAGUGUCAUGGCGGGGAGCUGAGGGAGGGCUGCUCGAAAGACUCGUCUGUUAUGUAAAGUACGGAUAUGUAUACUCCCAAAAGCCAAAAAUGAUCCGCGUCACAAUG